CCCGUCCAAAACCAAAAGAGCUAGCAGAAGAAGCCAAGCUAGCCAUGGCCGGUGAAGCGGCCGGCGUCGUCGGGGCCGGCGAGUGGCCCUUCUCGGCCGACGCGUACGCCGACUCGUCGGCGAUUUUCGCGGAGCUCGGGUGCUGGGCCGCCGGGCUCGACGACGGCGCCGGCGGUGAGCUGCUGCUGCCGCUGCCGCCGCCGCUGGAUCCGCCGGAGGACAAGGACGACAUCCUGCUGCAGCCGCCGUCGUUGUCGGAGCCGGCCGGGUCGAUGGUGUCGGUGGACGGCGGCGCGUCGUCCAGCUCCACCGACGACGGGAAGCCGGCGGCAGCCGCGACGGAGGCAGCGAGCAAGCCGGCGCCGGGGAAGACGAUGACGACGACCAGCAAUAGCAAUAAUAAUAAAUCAUCGACGGGGCAGAAUAAGAAGCGUGCGCGGCAGCCGCGGUUCGCGUUCAUGACCAAGAGCGACGUCGACCACCUCGAGGACGGGUACCGCUGGCGCAAGUACGGCCAGAAGGCCGUCAAGAACAGCCCAUUCCCAAGGAGCUACUACCGGUGCACCAACAGCAAGUGCGCGGUGAAGAAGCGCGUCGAGCGCUCCUCCGACGACCCCUCCGUCGUCAUCACCACCUACGAGGGCCAGCACUGCCACCACACCGUCACCUUCCCGCGCGCCGCCCUCGCCGCCGGACACAUGGCAGCCUUCGAAUUCUCCACCGCCGCCGCCGCGCACCACCACCUCUACGACCACCGCCUUCCGCCGCUGCAGCUCCCCACCGCCGCCGUUCUCAAUAACAACAAUGACCACCCGCUUGCCUGCAGGCCGGCGGCGUCGGCAGCCAUGUCCCCUUCCUCGCUGCUGCUGCAACACUGCAACCAGGACCUGCUGGCGACACCCUGCUACGACCCUACCACUACUUUGUCAUCUGCGAUGACGAUGCCAGCAUUGGCUUCCGUCGUCGUAUCAACGCCCAAGUCGUCGUCGCCGACGACGGCAGAAUCGCCGGCUAGUGCUCCGGUGGCAGUUGACAAUGGGCUUCUUGAUGACAUGGUGCCGCCGGCAAUGAGGCAUGGAUGAUUUUAUAGGCUGCAUGCAUUCAGUAGCUGAUUUCUCGGUGAAUUAGUAUACUACAGUUAAGCAUCUGAUUGGUUAUACUAGUUACUUAUAUAUUGGGCGGCAGAGAUAAGAAGUAAUUGUUACAUAUAUACACAUAUAUGUAUGGUCAAUCGUCGGCAGCCUUGGAUAAAAUAUUAGUUGCACAAGGCCAGUUGCUAUUUGAACAGUACUGAUUGAUUAUGAAUUCAUCAGUUAAACAAUGGCGUAGGAAUUCAUAUUGUCACAAUAAACUUGUGUGUUUAUGCUAAUUCUAGUUUGUGUUAAUGUAAUCAUAAGGAAGUGAGCUUAGCUCAACCGGUUAGAGUGGUAGGUGUGCUUGUGCACUCUAACCACCCAAGUUCAAGCCCCCUAGCUCAAAUUUGGGUGUCUAUUUCUUCUUCUUAAUGAAAAAUCACCUAGCUCCUUCUAGGUUUAUCUAA